UUCUUCAUCUCCAUUUUCCCUUUCAACUUCGAGUAUUCAGACCGCCAUAAUGCCGCUCAGCCACUUUGUCAUAUCUGUAAUUGGGUCCCUAAAUGUCGACCUCGUUACUCGGACAGCCCGGAUUCCCACUGCUGGCGAGACGCUCACCGCGGAAUCAUUCGACACUGGAUUUGGCGGAAAAGGCGCCAACCAGGCAGUAGCAUGUGCUAGAGUAUCUCGAACACAGUCGCAGGCCCGCAAUGGCGAGUCCACUGAUGUAGAAGUCCGCAUGGUCGGCGCAGUUGGUGAUGACCAAUUUGCGGACGAUUUCCUGAAAAGUCUGCAAGCGGGUGGAGUAGAAACGUCUAAAGUGCAGAAGUUGCCGAACCAGAAGACUGGAGUGGCCGUCAUUCUUGUUGAGAGCCAGACUGGAGAGAAUAGGAUUUUGUUGUCUCCUGGAGCCAACUACAAUGUACCGGUUGUAGACCUUCUCCAACGUGACACCACAGUUGCCCUGUUCCAGUUGGAAGUUCCUAUCGAAGUGGCUCUUCUCAACAUGAAAGCCGCGAGGGAACGAGAUAUCGUGGUUAUUUUGAAUCCAGCUCCCGCAAUCCCUCUCCCAGAAGACGCCUACAAAGGUCUUGACCACUUGAUCGUGAACGAGACCGAGGCCUCUAUUCUAUCCGGAAUCGAAAACCCAACAUCAUGGAACGAUGUCACCUCAGUAUUCAUCAAUAGAGGUGUUCAGAACGUAAUAAUUACCCUAGGUGCUGAGGGGGUAUACUACCAAACAGCUGCCCGCCAUGCCAAAUCCGAACCGGCUAAAGUCUUACCAGCUCGAAAGGUCAAGGUAGUAGACACCACUGCUGCUGGUGACACAUUCGUAGGGGCGUAUGCUGUCUCGGUUGCUCGUAGCAAUUCAAGGACUGUAGACGCGUCCUUUGAUAUUGACGCAGCCAUCGAAUAUGCAAACCGAGCCGCCUCGGAGACGGUACAAAAAGUGGGCGCUCAGUCUGCGAUACCGUGGGUGGAUGAGGUGCCUUCGAGCUGAGAAAGUUCUACCAAACUGUCCCUCCUCUUAUCGACGAUUGCGUAUACCAGCUAUGUCGAAGCUUGGCAAGAAACCCUUCACGAGGAAGCGAAGCCAGACAGGGGUUCAAGAGAAGUGAACUGGUAUAUCAACACACUAGAAUCUAGCCACAAUCGAAGCUAGCGAUACCUCAAACGGUAAACAUUCGCAAUGCCGUUCAAUUCCUUUCUAGAUUUCUCAAGUGACCUUUAGAGUCUAUCCCAUCCGCUAAUUCAAGCCUCACACAUCCU